GUCAACAUACGGUUAUACUUAAUUAAUAUAUAUUUCUUAAUACAUGCGUUCGCGGAAUACUAAUUUAGUUCAGUAGCGGCCGGACGGUAUCGGUGCGUUCUCGCAUUUGAUAUUUUUAAUCGUAAACCGAUAUUUUUUCUGGUGAGCAAUGGUGAAGAGCCUGUGCAUACAUAAGACUGUGAAAGCGUUCAUCAUGAGUGACAUGCUGAAGAAGUUCGAUUUCGACGCGACGAACGAUUUCGUGAAAAUUGCAAUCGCCAUCGCCGGCUUUUAUAUGGGAAUUUUUUAUCUGGAGUACGUUGACGCCGAGUAUAGUCUAUGGCUGACAUGGUUCCUGACACCGGUGAUCGUGACAUUCCUGCUACCAGCCGUCAUCAUUGUCCUUAUAUACAUGAGCAGCAUUAUAUUCCACUUGUACAGAUUAUAUAGAUUACGGGUGGUACCUGGAGUACAGAAUGAUUGGAAGCAAGCGGCGAGGUUAGCUGUUUGCGCGCUGUGGGACGCCCACGGUUGGCUAUGGCAUGGUUAUGAAGUUCGAGGUUUAGAAAACAUACCGGAGGGGCCGUUCUUAGUGAUAUACUACCACGGGGCACUGCCGAUAGAUAUGUACUACUUCAUCGCCAGAAUGCUGUUAUUCAAGAGGAAGCAUAUACACACGGUCGCAGAUAGAUUCAUGUUCAAAAUACCAGGUUGGGCGAGUCUUCUGGAAGGAUUGUGUGUCAUUCCGGGAACGGUGCAGACGUGUGCCAGCGUCCUCCAGUCGGGCAACUCGCUCGCUAUCUCUCCGGGCGGAGUGUACGAGGCUCAGUUCGGUGACCACUGCUACAGGUUACACUGGAAGUCCAGGAUUGGGUUCGCUAAAGUAGCAUUGGAGGCUAAAGUGCCCAUCGUUCCGAUGUUCACACAGAACGUACGCGAAGCGUUCCGUACUGUGGGCUGGCUGAGAGGCGUGUGUCUUCGACUGUACGCAGCCACGCGGGUGCCCCUCACGCCAGUCUACGGCGGGUUCCCCGUGAAGCUGAUCACGCACCUGGGACCUCCGAUCAUGUAUGACCCCAACCUGACACCUGAACAGUUGCAGCUCAAGGUCGCGAAUUCCAUAGAGAAGUUAAUAGAUGAACAUCAAAGAGUCCCCGGCAACAUACUACUAGCUCUAACAGAGAGAGUCUGGGAGCUGCCAAAAAAGAAGAAAAAGGUGGCACAAGAGCAGCCCAUCACAAACGGACAAAAAGCAAAGUAUCAAAACGGCAAAGUGAAAGAGAUGCAAAACGGUGAAAGUGACAAAUGUGCCAGUGAUAAAGUCAAAGUAUCGUAACUUUGUCCCAACACUACCGGUGAGACUGAACAUUACGUUAAAAAGUAGUAAAGUAGUAAUUUUGAAACAAAAUGGCGACUCAAAUUGUCAUUUGUAUUCUACUAAAUCAUGGUAGAAAUGGUAGAAAUAGGAACAAAGUGCUGUACAAAUGUAACUUAUGAUUUUUUAUAUUCCUACAUACAUAAUGUAUGACCAAUGAAAUAUUUUUUUAGCAUGUAGCAUGUUAUAUAUUUAUAAUGCGCUAAUGAACAGUUAAUAUUAAAAUAAAUAUAAAGAAAGCAACAGUUAACAAAUAUAUAUAAUAUAUUGGUACGUAUAUACAAUGUUAAAAUGAAUUAGGCAUAUUUAAAGUAGGUCAAGCGGCCCUAGUCCAUACUAAAUUACUUAUAUUAUAGACUAUGGCCCGCUUAAAGUAAAGACAUCUAUGUACAUUGAUUAUUAUAUAUUUUUUAUAAAAAAAAC